GAAAAGCUGUAUACUUUUCUUCGUUUGUUGCGUUGGGGUUGUUGUUGGUUGCCCAUUUGCCACUCUUCCUUCCACUCCACCUCUUCUUCAAGAAAAAGGAAAAUCCCCCCAACCCCUCACGAAAACCCAAUUCCUCUUUUACUUCGUCAUCUCCUCUUCAUAGCCGCCGUUCGCUCGCUAGCUAGCUUUAACCACUGCCUCUGGAGCUCUCCAUUCCGCACCAAUUUCGGAUUCAGAACCCUGCUUCUUCAUGGGUAGCUUCUCCUGCAGAAAACCAGAGACCUAAGUUGGUUGUGAGUGAAAGAGCAGUAACCCCGCUCUUCGCACACCUUUCUGUCAGUGUCUCUGCAGCUAGACCACCAGUUGGAAUUCAUUGAGAGCGAGAGAGGUAAGAACUUGGCGGCGGGUGUUCUUCCUGUUUUUUUUUUUUUUUUUUCUCUGUCGUUCUUUCUUCCAGAAAACAGAGACACGAUUCAAAGCUUGGCAGGAAAAGGGGUUUCUGGUUCUUGUGGGGUUUUCCUGUUUUGGGUUGGGGCAUCAGAAGAUUAUCACAACAAGAGUUGCAGAGAGAUAAUAGGAUGUUUGGCUGCGAUUGCUUUUACUGGAAUCAACGACAACAAGCCGUUGACUUUGACAGUCUUCCUGAGCCACAGCCUUUCUCCUUACCUGCUCCUCUCCCUCAAUGGCCUCAAGGUCAGGGAUUUGGUACUGGGAGAAUGAAUUUGGGAGAGCUAGAGGUUAUCCAAGUAACCAAAUUCGAGAGUGCUUGGAGAUGCAUCCAAUUGGGUGGGAAUUCACAAUUAGGAGUCUCGUUUUACAAACCUGUUGGGAUCCCUGAUGGCUUUCACUCCCUUGGUUACUACUGCCACCCCAAUGAUCAGCACCCACUGAGAGGUUAUGUCCUUGUUGCUCGUCAAAUCAACCACCCUCAAUCGUUGUCAUCGGACCCUCCACCAUUGAGAAAGCCAAUCAACUACUCGCUGAUUUGGAGCACUGGCUCACACUAUGGUGACAAUGGCUAUUUCUGGCUUCCAAAUCCACCAACAGGUUAUAAGGUCAUGGGAAUAGUAGUUACACAUGACUCGAACCAGCCAGAUGUGGAUGAAGUGAGGUGCGUUCGAGCAGACCUUACAGAACACUGCGAGACUUGUGAUCUCGUUUUCUCCAUGGAUUCGAAAAGCGGCUCUAACCAGCAAUUCCAGAUUUGGACCACUAAGCCAUGUGCAAUGGGAAUGUUCGGUAAAGGUGUCUCUGUUGGAACAUUUUACUGUCAAGGUACAAUUUCGAGUUCAGAAGAAGCUCUCACAAGCAUAGCUUGCUUAAAAAAUCUCGACAGUACCCUAUCUGCAAUGCCAAACCUGAACCAGAUUCAUUCCUUGAUCCAACACUAUGGCCCUACAAUGUACUUCCAUCCUGAAGAAGAUUAUCUCCCUUCUUCGGUGCAGUGGUUCUUCAAAAACGGAGCACUCCUGUACAAAGAUGAUUGGAAGGAAGGUCAACCGAUCAACUACAUGGGGUCAAACUUGCCAAGUGGAGGUGUAAACGACGGUGAAUAUUGGAUUGAUUUACCCCUCGAUGAUGGUGAAAGCAGCAGUUUGAAAAAUGGAAACUUGGAGAGUGCAGAGCUUUAUGUUCAUGUGAAGCCAGCACUUGGGGGGUCCUUCACCGAUGUAGCAAUGUGGGUGUUCUGUCCUUUCAAUGGACCAGUGACACUCAAGAUAGGGCUCAUGAGCUUACCAAUGUCGAGGCUAGGGCAGCAUGUGGGCGAUUGGGAACAUGUCACUCUUCGUAUCAACAACUUCACUGGAGAGCUAUGGCAAGUGUUUUACUCCGAGCACAGUGGGGGGAGAUGGGUGGAUGCCUCCGAAGUGGAGUUCAUUAAAGGUAGUAAUAAGCCGAUUGUGUAUUCUUCGAAGCAUGGCCAUGCUAGCUUUCCCCACGAGGGUAUGUUUCUUCAAGGUGCAACGAAACUUGGAGUCGGCGUGAGAAAUGAUACUGCUCGGAGUGAUUACUUUAUCGAUUCCAGCAUUAAGUAUCAACUCAUUGCAGCCGAAUAUCUUGGAGAAGAAGUCAUUAAAGAACCAAGCUGGCUGCAGUACAUGAGAGAAUGGGGUCCUACUAUUGUGUACGACUCUCGGUCUGAGAUCGAUAAGAUAAUCAAUAUACUACCGUUUUUUGUUCGGUUUUCGGUAGAGAACCUCAUCGAGUUGUUUCCGACGGAGCUUUAUGGUGAGGAAGGACCAACUGGGCCAAAGGAGAAGGACAACUGGGUUGGAGAUGAGAUAUGUUAGCUGUUGGAAAAUCAACCAGCAUUUUGAUGAAAAAGGUUUGCUUGCUAUACCACGCUGUGGAAGGCUACAUUUGUAAAUUAUACCAUAGGGGAAGUACACCAUUAGCAUGUGUGAUUGUUUGAUUGGGAAUACAUCUCUCAAAAAAUGUAGUGUUCACAUGGUGGAUAUUGUUUGUUUGUUGUAUCAAGAUCAAGGUUGUUAAACCCUUAUCGAACCCUCGGUUGGACCCGAUCUGAUUUAAGUAUGGCUUCAAAAUGAUCUUCAGAAAGUCCUACGAUCUGCCCCCUAAAGAGGGAGAAGAAGAGAGGGGGAAGAGAGGAAGAGGAACAAAUGAAGGGAGAUGGUGGAUGGGUCAUGGAGGGUUAGGUAGAUUUAUUUUGUGAAAAAUAAGUUUUAAUAGAUUCAUGUAAGAUAAAUUUCAAUUAAGUUAUUAAAUCCUUAGUUACUAUCUUAUUUGUAUAUAUAUUUAGAAAAUGUCUAAACCGGCUUAAACCGGCUGGACCCCAAUCAAACCAUUAAACCUAAAACUCCUUGCUUGACCGGCUCAAUGACUUAACCUGGUUUCCCAACCUUAAUCAAGAUACAAGGCUUUUAGUGCAAGUCCUGAUAUGUUUCCUUGGAAGUCCUUUCUUAUCCUCAUCGCUUGUAUGAAUGUUAAGAGUUGGGACUUUGCUACGGUGAUUUGCAAGUCACCGUAACUUGCACUUUUCAAUCGACCUCAUUUAGGAUUAGGUCGAUUUAAUCUGUUGUUUGUGCAAAAACAGUUUCAUGGUGCCUACUUUGAAAAUUCAUAUUUUACAAUUGGCUUGAUGGAAAUUGGAGAUUAAUGGCUUGUUUUGAAGCUGGAGUGACCAUCUACACAUUGAAGUACUUGGGAGCUCGAUAGGAAGAACAAAAGACUAUUUUUGAACCUGAUCAAGAUAAUAUGCCAAAACUGGGAAACUGCCUGUAAAUGGCCAAGUCUGGGAAUGUGUUUGUGAAGCUUACUUUGGAGCUUAAUUCGAUAUGCAUGAAUGAGAUUCGAGUCCAGGGGCCUCUACCACGUGAACGUAGGUAUGUUUGUCUAUAGAUUCAAGGCAUUGGAUGAAAAAUUGGAUAUCUAGAAGGCUUCAAACAAAAGGCUCGAAGUUGCUACGAAUGCUGAUAUUUAAUCUUUCAUCCAUUGCCUUGCUUUUUAAAAAUAAACAUACAUACAUUCAUGUGGUAGAGGCCCCUGGACUCGACUCUCAUCCAUGCUUCUCGAAUUGAGCUCCAAAGUAGGCUUCACAAAUACGUUCUCAUACUUGGCCAUUUUCAGGCUUUUCAAAUUUUGGCAUAGUCUUUUGAUCAGGUUCAAAAAUGAUCUUCUGGACUUCCUAUCGAGCUCCCAAGCACUUCAAUGUGUAGAGGGAAACUCUCUUCAAAACAAGUCAUUAAUCUCCAAUUUCCAUCGAGCCAAUUGUAAGAUAUGAAUCUCCAAAGUAGGCACCAUGAAACUGUUUUUACACAAAUAACAAAUUAGGUCGACCUAAUCCUAAAUGAGGUCGACCAAAAAGUGCAAGUUACGGUGACUUGCAAGGCACCAUCGAGCCAAUUUUAAGAUAUGAAUCUCCAAAGUAGGCACCAUGAAACUGUUUUUACACAAAUAACAAAUUAGGUCGACAUAAUCCUAAAUGAGGUCGACCAAAAAGUGCAAGUUACGGUAACUUGCAAGGCACCAUAGGCGCACCCUAAGAGUUGUUGUGCAAGUCUGCAAGCAAACACGAACAGAGCCAUCAAAUUUUGGGUGGCAGCAUAACUAAAUGAUAUUUGUAAGAAUUAACUCAUUCCAUAAAUAAUAAUUUCACAGGCCAAUGUUAUGUUUUUUUUUUUCGUCAAUAAAAGAAAAUGUUAGGU